CUCUCUCAGAAGACAAAUGAUAACUUCUGAGCUUCAAUUCAAUUCGCGAUUAAGACUCCUUUAGGACUCAAAUUCGCCAUGGCAGAAAGGAAGAGAAAGCUCGAACCUCAAUCCAACGACGACGCCGCCACAGAGGAGCAACCCCCGCAGAAGCAGCAGCUCCAAUUCGAAAACGGCGACGAAGGAAUCAUCACCACAGAGAUCAACAAAAAGGAAAACGACGACGAUAGAGACGAGAAUCAACGCCCUGAGGAAGACGACGGAGAGCCGAUCGAAGAUCUCCUGGAACCGUUUUCGAAGGAACAGCUCUCGAUUCUCCUCAAGGAAGCAGCGGAGAAGCACCGCGACGUGGCCGAUCGGAUCCGAAUCGUUGCGGACGAGGAUCCGGUUCACCGCAAGAUCUUCGUGCACGGAUUCGCGUGGGACACCAAAGCGGACGCGCUAAUCAAAGCGUUUAAGCAGUAUGGAGAGAUCGAGGAUUGCAAAUGCGUCGUCGAUAAGGUCACGGGACAGUCCAAAGGCUACGGGUUUAUCCUAUUCAAGUCGCGUUCCGGCGCUCGCGGGGCUCUCAAGCAGCCUCAGAAGAAGAUAGGGACUCGUAUGGCUGCGUGUCAGUUAGCUUCCAUGGGACCUGUUCAAGGAGGAGGGAACACUGUGGUGGGGGCGAGUUCUCAGCAUUUUAACCCUGAGCAUGUUCAGAGGAAGAUCUAUGUUAGUAACGUGAGCGCGGAGAUUGAUCCGCAGAGGUUGCUUGAGUUUUUCUCGAGGUUUGGGGAGGUGGAAGAAGGUCCGUUGGGGCUUGAUAAAGCUACUGGGAGACCUAAAGGUUUCACUUUGUUUGUGUAUAAGACUGCGGAGAGUGCUAAGAAGGCGUUGGAGGAGCCGCAUAAGAGCUUUGAAGGCCAUGUGUUGCAUUGCCAUAAAGCUAACGACGGGCCUAAACCUGUUAAGCAGCAGCAUCAGCAUCACCAGAACAAUUAUAAUCAACGUUCACGCUACCAAAGGAACGAAGACACUGGUUACGGUGCAAGUGGAGGACAUGGGCAUUUCUUAGCUGGUAAUGGUAAUAACCAGGGGUUAAACCCAGCAAUUGGUCAGGCCAUCACGGCGGCUUUGCUGGCGUCUCAAGGUGCUGGAGUGGGUAUGAACCAAGCGUUUGGACAGGCGUUGUUGGGGACUUUGGGGGCGCCUAGCCCAGGAGCGGUAGGUGGAAUGCCAAGUGGCUAUGGUACUCAAGCGAAUAUGACACCAGAGGUCUUUCCUGGUUACGGUUUCCAAGGUGGUUAUCAGGGAGGUUAUCAGACUCAGCUUCCUGGUCAGGGAGGUUAUCAGAGUCAGCAACCUGGCCAGGGCGGUGCUGGAAGAGGGCAGCAUGGUUUAGGGUAUGGUGGUCAGUACAUGUAAACACUCAGGUGUUUUUGACUGAAGGCUGAAUGGUUCAUAUGCCCAACAAAAUCGUACAGGUUAAGUUUUUUACCAAUCCCAAUUCGGUGACAAUAAUUUUGAAUGCUGCUUGUUUUACGGACAAAAAUGGUGAAAGUUUCUUGUUUAGCUCUCUACUUAAAGUUUGAACAAGCCUUGCAGUGCAUCCUUCAAGCUUUGGGUUCUUAUAAAAGUAGCGUUUAUCUGGUGUCCUUAGAGUGCCUCUUUGCUUGAAAGGCAUAUAAUUUGAAUCGAUGAAAACAGUAUGAAAGUAGAAACGUGCAGUAUAUUAGUGUGUUUUUGUUGCAUCUUGGGCGCUCUGGAAUGUCUUUUUAGUUUAAAGAUAAGCAUAGCUGUUGUGUGAUAGUGAAUUAUACGCAUUCGAAAUGUGUCUUUUCUUUACUCAGAAAUGCUUUCAGGCUUUGAACGACUGGGUUGUGUAUUUAAUUGUGGAAUCAAGUGCUAUCUACGACUAGUUCAAUGUUGAGUUGAGAUUCAUGAUAAUCAGUGGAUAGUUUCACUCUCUCUUUAGGUUUUCUUUAGACGACUACUUCGUAAAAUUUGUAUUUAACUAAUGAAACCUAAUUGAACACUUGAUUCUUGAGAGAUCUCUGUUAGCUACAGAAAGGAUAUAUGUGUUAAGACACAGAAAGGAUAGAGUCUGUGUGUUGUUCUUCUCUCUGUGACAGGAUCAAACAGGAUUCACUGUUCAUCAUAUGUUCUCAUCGAGUUCACCAAAAGGAGCACACUCUUGAUUCUCCUAAUCUUUGUUACACUGAUGAAAUGCAUUUGGGAUCUAGUCAUACAUAAAGAAAGGAAAGAUAAGGGGGAAGCAGAAACACGUGGGAGAACAUCCCGAAGAGGAAGCACACGCGGAUCUUCAUGCAAACCAUCCCCGAUUCUCUUCACACACCAACCAUCCAUGUGGUCCCUCUCUCCCUUUGUCCCCUUCCUCCUUUUACGUGAUUAUAUAAUAAGUAAGAGUACCUUGAAUAUUUGUUAGAUAAACCCAAUGUACAAGGUUUACUAAGCACUUGAUAUCACGUUUCCCUUGAGGACUAUUGCUUCUUCCUUUUCAGGUAUAAUCUGAAAAGUAGCUUUGAAUUGAAAAUUCCAUUUAAGGCACAGUUUCAAGUUUUAGUGUAACAGUUACUUUCUUAUGCAAAAAGGUUCUUUUAUUUC